GUAAUUCAACUCGCGCAUGCGCAGUCGUUGUUUGUGAAUCUUACCCUCGUCGAACAGCUGACCAAAACAACUCUGAACGAUGCACAAGCUAAAGUCAUCACAAAAAGAUAAAGUGAAACAAUUUGUUUCAUUCACACAAGCUGAGGAGAAAACAGCCCUCUAUUGUCUGCUCCAAAAUGACUGGAAGUUGGAACUUGCCAUUGAUAAUUAUUUUCAAAAUCCAGACCACUACUACAGAGAACAAAGGGUCACUGUUGAUAAGAAAAAGUUGGAACAGUUUUAUAGCAGAUAUAAAGAUAGCAGUGACAGUAACAAGAUCUUGGUGAGCGGUGUUACUAGGCUCCUCGAUGAUCUCGAGUUACCUCCUGACUCCAGACUUGUACUCAUCUUAGCAUGGAAGCUCAAAGCCGCAACACAGUGUGAAUUUACUCGAGAUGAAUUUAUAAAUGGUCUCACCGAAAUGGGAUGUGACUCCUUGGAAAAGUUGAAACUGAAACUGCCAGCCCAAGAGAAUGAACUACGAGACAACCUUCGUUUCAAAGACUUUUAUCAGUUUACAUUUGCCUAUGCCAGAAAUCCUGGUCAAAAGGGCCUAGACUUGGACAUGGCUAUUGCAUACUGGAAUAUUUGUUUGAAGGGCAGAUUCAGACUAUUACCAAUGUGGUGCCAGUUUCUAACGGAACACCACAAGCGGUCUAUACCUAAAGACACUUGGAACUUGUUGCUGGAUUUUGCUCUGAUGAUAAAUGAUGACUUGUCUAACUACGACGAGGAGGGCGCUUGGCCUGUGCUGAUUGACGAUUUCGUGGAGUAUGCCCGGCCACUCGUUCAGAAAGGAGGCCAUUGCUCCUCUCAAGGUGGCAUGGACACCUCUUCAGGAGCAUGAGACAUCGUGUAUUUUUAGUAGAUAGGUAUAUUUGACUAUUGUAGUGCUCAAUAAGGUCUUGUUACUAGAAGCCCCAACUCGUCUGUUGACGCGAAUAUUUCGUUCGUACAAUCACGAUAGUUUCGAUUAUUAACGAUGUAGUUCAAUGUGAAUUUCAUUAAAGUGACAAUGGUGCAACUAAUUGCGUCGAUUAUCUUGAGAAGUUCUAAAACGAGACCUUUUCCGUCGGCUUCGUAAGGAUCACUUCUAUGAUGUCCUUGAGCAUUGACAUGCCUCCUGAGAUCAGUGCUUAGCAUCUCGAUAUCCAAUCUUCUAACCGAGUUUUAAAUUUGUUCAGAUGCUUUUCCCGCUGCUAAGUGAUACAACAGACGCUGUUACAGAGCUUAUCUAAAUAUUUUUAUUUGUUAUGAGGAAUAAAUUGGGUCGUCGGUAAUAUUUACGAGCACAAUUAAGUUUUUCCCGUCCUCAAGUAUUAAUUUCUCGAAGUUCUCUGUGUAGGUUUGCAUACAUUUCGAGAAAUGAGUGUUUGCCCCCUAGUGUGCUAACAGUCGUUUACGGAACAGAUCCUCAAUUAGCAACGCGUUUUUGACCUCGCUUCCCAUGUUGAUUUAAUAUUAGUAAAUCCUUUCACAUUUGAGGAAGACAGAACGCAGUCCACCUCCAUGCCAAGAAAGUUGAACAAACUUCUGGUUCCUGGGAGUUAACAUGACGAUUCUUGUUCUUAAGGUCUGUGUAAAUAAUGUUUUUUAUUUAGAUCUCUUUUCCAAGUGCAAGCAAAAUGUGGUAAAGUAGCAUUUCAUUUCUUGGACAUUUUCCUAGAAUGAUCUUUUUGCUCCAAAUUCAAAUUAUAAGAAAUAGUCUACGACGAAGUUUCAUUGGAAGUAGAUUGUUUAACAUACUACAUCCUCUCCAUUUGUAAACUUGCUUCAAC